AUGAGAUGCUCAAUUUUUCUUGGAUUCCUGUUACAAGUGUUAUUUGUGAUGGCUUAUCCCGAACCCAAUAGUCGCUUGGAAGGACGUGACUCGAGUGGUCUGGAAUCGAUCCAACCAAAGAAACUUUUCAAGCGCAUGACAUCGCCGAGCAACCCGGUAGUCUGUCCCGGUCAAUUGCAGUCGAAGCCAUUGGAAUUCGAUCUAAAACAAUAUGGAAAAAUGAUCACCGCUUUGAUCUCACGCCCAGCCUCGUGUGUUUUCUUCGCAAACCUGGGUAUGUACGUCGAAACAACGACGAGAGAACCGGCCAUGUUUCAGGACUCUUCAGCCUCAAGCGUCAGGAAUUACUAUGGCGCUUACAUCAGCCAGACUUGUAGAGUUACCAAGCCUGUUACGCCGAGCAGCAAAGUUCCACCACCGAGCCCGGAUGAUGACCUGGUCAUUGUGCUAGUCUAUUAUGGCGAUUAUGCCGAUUCCAAGCAAGUUGAGACGUGCGACAAAGAGACGGAGGAUGCCAUGCGUGCUUUUGGCGACCAAUUGUAA